UCGAACCGUUCCAUUUACGAAUGCAGUCGUCGCAACCUAAUUUAGUGACGAUAAAGAUGCAGCUGUGCGAUGCUUAAGGUGGCGUCACUUGCUUACUGGGGGAAGUACAUAUAGAGACAGAUAUUAUAUUGGCGCGUAUCGACCGAGUAAAACAAUUUUUUCCAUCGCCGCUUACACAUUUCAACAAUUCAAGACAGGUUUAUUAAAAUACUUUAUUACUAUUGAUGCAUAUGUGAGCAGACUUUUUAUACAUGUUGAAAUGAAUGAGCAGAAAGGAAAUAUACUUCACUAGUGAAUGUAUUACCUAGCACUAGGUAGUAUUGUUAUAUACUCCUUACAAAGGUACAUUCUACCAUUUAGAGAAUGUGGUUUUAAUAUCUAAAUUAUUGUGAAUGUGAAAGAUACUUCUCAGUUGUUAAUUCUGAGAUUACUAUGGAAAUGUCCCAUGAAAUAUUGGAUGCAAUAGAUGCCAGCAAUGAUAAGAAUAUGAUGGAAGUAUUGAAGCAAGCCAUUUCGGAAGAAGAUAUUGUAGUACAAUCAGAGGCUACAGAGGAUUCUGUAGAAACGGAAAUAGAAGAAAUUAUAGAAAUAAUAGAGGAAGUGGAAGAGGAAGAGUCAUCGCAAGAUGGUUCUUUUAUGGAAGAGAAAAAAUUAAACGAAGAAGAAAGUCAAAAAAGUGCAGAAAAACUGCAAAAUGACCAAUACGAUGAUACUUCAGAAAUGGAAGUGUAUGCAUAUGAAGAAAGUGAUCCAGUUGAAAAAUUGCAUAAUAUAAAAGAAAGUGGGAAAAAAGAACAAUCACAGAAAUGUAAUAAUAAACAAGUAAUAACGUAUGAUGUAGAUGAAGAUUGGCAGGAUGAAGAUAUAGAAGAGGAAGAAGAAUAUGAACAAAACUCGGAUUCAUUGAGUCAUUGCACAGAAUCAUUACAAGAACAAAAAACCCUACAUGGAGAAAGAAAAUCUGUAAAUAAUCAAACAAUUAAUUUUCCUUUACAAACGAGUAGAUCGGAAUCUAGAGAUAGUAUGGACUCUAUAGAUAGGACAGAAAAGUCCAAAUUAGCUCAAGAUUACAAAACUAAUGUAAAUAGUGAAGAGACCGUUGAUACUAGCACAAAUCAUGAAAUCGUAAAGAAUGUUGAAAAUAAUUUAUUGUAUACUGUCCUUGGUACAAAAAAACAACCCUCUGUAAAAACAUUACACACAGAUAAACUGUCUGAUACUCAUUAUAUUAAGAUGGAGCAACUUGACGAGAAUACUAUACCAGUUGAAGGAACAAUUUAUUAUGAAGGAGAUAAUAUAGAGACUUUGUAUGUUGCUCAGGCUGUGGAUGAUAAUGAACAGUAUGCAUAUGAUGCUGUGCCUGUGGAACAAGAUGAGCAAGUGUGGGAAACGUCUAACAUGGACACCAGUCAACCUCAAGAGAAGGAUGAUUCUCAAGAGCAAAUAUUUUUACAUGAAGACGAGGAUGGUCAAUUAUAUUUCAAGGAUGAUGCUGGAGUGUUGCAACCAGUAUAUUUAACUGAAGAUGGACAUUAUGCUAUUGCAGAAACUAAUGAUGAUCAUGAAAACAAAGAAAUUCAAGCCAAAUCUCAGCAAAGUGCCAGUCCAAUGGAAGAGGAAACCUAUUCUACCCCAGAUACUGAACUUAAAUCUACUCACAGUAACAAACAGAGUUCUGUAAUUUCUGCAGCUGAUCUCGAUAAUGAGGAUAAUACGGUGACGAUAUCCUUAAUAAUAUCUGAAGAUGAACAUGGUCAGAAAAGGACACAAGUCAUUAUACCUACACCAGAUAAUUUGAAAUGUGAUAUCUGUAAUAAAACUUUCAAAACAUCUUUCCAAUUACUUCGGCAUAAUAGAUUAAAACACGCUCGCGAGGAAGAUAUUACCACAAGAAACUUUCCGUGCGAUCUUUGCCCUAAGAGGUAUCCGGAUCAACAUUCAUUAGCCCGUCAUAGGAAGACUCAUACAGGUGACCGACCGUUUCAAUGUCUCGAGUGUCAUAAAAAUUUUCCGACAUCGACUGCUCUACGUCGUCAUUUGACACUGCAUAAUUCACAGUCACGACCACUUCCGUGCAUUUACUGUGGUCGUCGUUUCAUGGAGAAAGCUAGUCUGGUUAAACACGAGCAGUCACAUUUGGCCGCCGAUCAGUGGACCCAUACAUGCGACGUAUGCCAUAAGUCAUUCUCGCAUGCAACUGAUCUGAGUCUCCAUAAAAAGUAUCAUGAUCCGGAUAAGAAAUUUGACUGUGAGGUUUGUGGCCGAGAGUUCAGCCGAUUGAACAAUUUGCAGAGACAUAUGAUGGUACAUCAACAACAAGGAGCAAACGAGGAGAUACUCUCUUGUGAUGUGUGCGGCAUCACAUAUAAAUUUAUGAGCUCAUUGACGAGACAUAUGGUGACCACACACAUGAAUCCAGAAAAAUUGAGACAACAAGCAGAAGAGCAGCGACGAAAACGGGAAAAUAAUUAUCGACGUUACCUGGAAAAUCGAAAAAUGUAUGAAACUCAACACUCCGGUGGAUAUGGUACGAAACGUAAUUACCAACAUACGCGAAUGCACAGUGAAAGUAACGACGAAGCAGCUUGAUUCACAUUUUUAACAAAUACUAUGUUAUUGGAAAAAUCGUCUCUCGAUAAGACUAUAGAAACUUCAAAGUGAAGAAACAAAUGGGAGUGAUAAAAGAAGUACGAUAUUGCGCGCAAAGUAGUGAUGUUUCUAUAUGAUUUUAUUGCUAUAGUGACAAUAGAUGUGCAUUUAAUUUAAUAAAGAUAUGAACAAUAUAAUCUCUA